AUGCUUGUACGACCCAUACGGAGGUAUAAUAACCUUCUAUGUGGUCUUCGAAGCUACUCAAACGAUGCGAUAAGGGAUAAACGGUUUGACAUUUUGUUCUGCGGAUCGGAUUCGUUCUCUGUCUCUUCUCUUCAAGCCCUACUCGGUGCUCAAGAUAUAUGGAAAAGCAUUCAUGUGUUAGUUCCCGGAGAACAAGAUGUUGGUCGAGGGGGGAAAUCUCGUUCCAGACAUGUACAAAUCUACAAAUCGGAAUUAGGUGUAUAUGCAGAACGACAUGGUCUGCCUAUAUAUACCGUACCGAAAGAAGGUAUAAGAGCUUUUGUGCCCCCAAAUCCAUUCACUUCCCCUAACCCAACUUCCCUUCUCUUGACCGUAUCUUUCGGUCACAUCCUUCCCUCCCCUCUUCUCUCCCUAUUCCCCCCAUAUCAUCGUCUCAAUCUUCACCCUUCCCUUCUUCCAAAAUUCCGAGGAGCAGCCCCAAUACAACAUACCAUCCUAACCGGCGUUCAAACGACCGGUGUCACCCUUCAACGUCUUGUCGAACGUGGGAAAGGUAUAGACGCAGGAGAUAUAUUAGGUAUUACUUCCCCCGAAAAUGUCUGUGAUUCAGAUACGUACUCAACUCUCCUUCCUCGUUUAGCUAUCAAAGGCGCGGAUUUGUUAGUUGAAACAUUGAGGAAAGUUCAGGAUGGUAAAGCGGAGAGUUUCAAGCAGGAUGAGAAAGAGAUGACUAGGGCGCCGAAAAUUAGGAAAGAGAUGGGAAGAGUAAAGUGGGAGAAACAGGGUGCGAAAGAGGUAGAGAGGUUGUAUAGAGGUAUAGGACAUCAACAAAGUUUAUGGACUGAAGUGGUACAAUCUUCAACAGCAUAUAUCCUUCAACUCACUUCUGUACAACUAGCCCAAAAACCUCCUCCUUGCCCAGAAGCAAAACCAGGAACAGUAAUCUUCCUUAGAUCUCGUUCCCCUCCGGUGUUAUUGGGAGUCAAACAGACUGAUUGGAUAGAGAUAAGAAGUGUCAAACCUCCUAACAAACCGGAAAGACAAGUUGGGGAAUGGUGGAAUGGGUUACCUCCUUCCGUUCGGGCAGGUAAUGAGGUGAGGUUUGUGUGA